AUGCUGCGCCCCAGCCAGCAGUCUGCCAGAGACAGAGACAGACACAGAGACUCAAAGACUCCCAGCCUCCUCCCCCAGACAUGUCUGCUUAGCCCUGAGCAGCCCCAGCAGCCAGCCCCAGCAAGCAGCCGUCUCCAAGCUAUGACAGGAGUAUUUGACAGAAGGGUCCCCAAUAUCAGAUCCAGCGAUUUCCAGGCUCCUUUCCAGACGUCUGCAGCCAUGCACCAUCCGUCUCAGGAAUCUCCAACUUUACCCGAGUCCUCGGCUACGGAUUCCGACUAUUAUAGUCCAACGGGGGGAGCCCCGCAUGGCUAUUGCUCGCCUACCUCGGCUUCCUACGGCAAAGCGCUCAAUCCGUACCAGUAUCAGUACCACGGCAUGAAUGGACCUGCUGGGAACUAUCCUGCCAAAGCCUAUGCAGACUACAGCUACGCGAGUCCUUACCACCAGUACAGCGGGGCUUACAACCGGGUACAGAGCUCUUCAAACCAGCCAGAGAAAGAGGUGGCGGAGCCCGAGGUGCGAAUGGUGAAUGGCAAACCAAAGAAAGUUCGCAAACCCAGGACUAUUUAUUCUAGCUUCCAGCUGGCUGCGUUACAGAGGAGGUUUCAGAAAACUCAGUACCUAGCCCUGCCAGAAAGAGCUGAACUGGCUGCUUCUUUGGGACUGACACAGACACAGGUGAAAAUUUGGUUUCAGAAUAAAAGAUCCAAGAUCAAGAAGAUUAUGAAAAACGGGGAAAUGCCUCCGGAGCACAGUCCCAGCUCCAGCGACCCCAUGGCUUGCAACUCUCCACAGUCACCUGCGGUUUGGGAACCUCAGGGCUCUUCCAGAUCCCUCAGCCAUCAUCCUCAUCCUCAUGCUCCAAACUCCAACCCAUCCCCUGCAUCCAGCUACUUAGAAAACUCCACUUCCUGGUAUUCCAGUGCUAACUCCCUCAAUUCCCACCUCCAGCCCCACGGCUCCCUACAACACCCGUUAGCGCUGGCCUCUGGGACAAUUUAUUAG